AUGCGCAGCAAGUUCAAGGACGAGCACCCUUUCGAGAAGCGCAAGGCCGAGGCCGAGCGCAUCCGACAGAAGUAUGCCGACCGCAUUCCGGUCAUUUGCGAAAAGGUCGAGAAGAGCGACAUCGCGACCAUCGACAAGAAGAAGUACCUGGUCCCCGCCGAUUUGACUGUUGGCCAGUUCGUCUACGUCAUCCGCAAGCGAAUCAAGCUGUCGCCCGAGAAGGCCAUCUUCAUCUUCGUCGACGAGGUCCUUCCCCCUACGGCCGCUCUUAUGAGCAGCAUCUACGAGGAGCACAAGGACGAGGACGGUUUCCUCUACAUCACUUACUCUGGCGAGAACACCUUUGGUGACGCGUAA